GUUUAGCGAAGAAAAGUUACGGUCGACGUUCUCGUCUACGCUUUGAUCAGUCUGAUUCAACAGUUUGUGCCGUAAGGAAGUGUGUGCACUACUGAACGGAAGUCACUUGAAAAUAGUUAAGUUCACUUAAGAUUUAUUCAGAAAUCUACUAAUUUUGCCUACAUAUAGCUGCAAAUCGGUAUAAGACGCGUUACCGUAACGUAAUACUAACAAAUAACAUAUUGGAGGCAAAGUGACAAAGUUCAAAUUAAACAAAAAAUUGAAUUCCUCUUAUUUAAAUGGACUAUAGAAUCAUUUAAAUUAUUUUAACAAAAUUACUGAUUUUUGUGUUAAUCUAAAUGACACCAAGAGAAGACUGAAAACAAUAAAAGAAUAUAAAAAGUAAAAUUAAUUUCUUGUAUGCAAAUUUAAAAGCUAUACAAAUUUAAAGGUUUAAUAAAUAAAUACAAAAAGUGUUAUUGUCAAUAAGAAAGCGUUUACUUUCGCUUGCAAAAAAAAAAAAAAAACCAAAAAAGUGAAAAAAUCACUGACCAAAAACAAAGACGGUAGCUAAAGCCGCUUUGCCGUCGUUGUGCAAAAACAAGACAAGAAGCAUUGUCGCUCAAUACCUUGCGUGGUCGAUGAAAUUAACACAUUCUUGUGAAAUUGGCGAACUCAAAAGAUUUGUAGCACAAAGCAAAAAACGACAACAAGAAAUAAAUAAAAAAUCAAACCAAAAAUUAAAAACUUAAUUCACGUACUUAUUGCUGUUACCGGCUUUAUACGUACAACAACGUGUACUUUCAGUUUAAGUGCCGGCUCAUUUAAUAAAAAAAUUGCCUUAGUCACUUACAUACUUGUAUCGAUCACAAUAACACGAUAUCGGCAUACAACAAAUUGACUUAUUACUAAUUGCGGUUACGCAGCCCACCUAACCCAUCACCUCACGUGGAUAAGCAGUGGAGGAUUUAUUCGAAUUUACUUGGAUUAGUAUGCGGUGGUUGCAAAUCAUUUGCAACCGAUAACUCCAUCAAAACGGCGCACCAAAGCGAAUUUACACAAACCAAAACGCACCCACGCUUGCAAGUUAGUAGCGUGCGGUCAAACAUAAAUUCAUUAAAAGUUGCAACAACAACAACAACAACGACAACAAUACCACAAAUAUACACAUUCCAAAUAAUUAGACGAAGCAGAAGAGACUAUCGCAUUCUCACACAUAAACUGAUUUAUAUAAUGACGGCGUUUACAAUAUUUACAAGCGUCAUAGGAGCGCCACCCACCGCCACCAGUGCAAGCGCGAGCAAUAGUAGCAGUACAAUUACACCCACCCACACAGUAACACAAACAGUGACAGCGACAAGAAAAGCCACCCCCACCAACAGCAUAAAGCAGAAGAUAGGAGGUGUGUCAUUUACACAAAAUACAAUAGAUGUGAAUAGCGGCGCAGUGUAUACGUGGGUGCAGGCGCCCAUUGAGGGUUCGCGUAAGCGUAAGCGGCACAGCAAACGUCAUAGUAAUUGGAGCAGUGAUAUGUCAAAGGAUUUGCCAUGGGUGAAUCCGUGCGGUGGCUUCUAUGUGCCGUCGGCGGCGCACGGUGGUAGCGCAAUGCGGCGGAAAAAUCCAAGACAGAUUUUCAAUAUGCUCAAAAAGUCAGCUGGAAAUGAGUAUAAAAUGUUGGUGGCCGGUCAUCAAGAUAUUGAUAUAAGCAAUAUACAUAUGUGGUCGUUACAUAAUAAGACAUAUAAAUUUUUGCCGAAAUUAAAAGUCAACUCAACGAUCGCCCUGAAACGCUGGUACCGCAACAUGCAGUCCUUCGUCGGCUCCUUCGCCUAUCUGCGGCGCGUUCAACGCGCCUGGGAUAUGGCUAAACUGCAACACGAGAAUAGUACGGCACGUGAGCUGCAACGGUUAGUAACUAGCGCACGAAAUAUGCUCUGUGAAUUGGAGACAGCUAUCAAUGGCACAAUGCCAGCACCUCGAAUGCUGCGCGGCAACACUUUACCGCAAGUGACAAGCGCACAAAUGAAUAAACGUCUGAAGCUCUAUACGAAGCGUCGUGUUGAGAGUUAUCCGAACGCGGUGCAGGAAGCGAAUACGAUCGAUUUAAUGUGGGUAAAAUAUUACUAUUAUGAAUUUCUACAUCAAAUGUGGACCGUGCUGCGGCAACAAACGAAACGACGUGGUCAAGUUGCUUUGCUGGUGAAUCCAAAGGCCUUCAAUGAAGUGGAAAAGCAUUUUGGUAGCCUUGCAGCGACUAAGCAUGAGCUGAGUAAAAAUAAGCAAAGAAAAAGCCAGACAAUUGAAGAGGUUGUCAGUAGUAGGAGUAGUAGUAGCAGUAGUAGUCGUAGUAAUAGUGAUAGUAAUAGUAGUAGUGGUAAUAGUAGAAAAACAAAUAGGCGUAAAAAUGCUACUGUUAGUAGCUGGGCAGGCAGCAGACGACGUCAGGCGCUGCGUUUGCCUAAAACGUGAGCUCAACAAUUUUUUUUUUUCGUAAAAAAUGGUUUCUUUAUAAAUUUUUAAAUUUUAUAUUUUGGAACAAAUUGUCACUUUGAGUCCCAAGAAUUUGCGCUUUUUAUCCGAUAUACCAAAUUUGCUACUAAAUUUUUGGUGUAUUUUGGAAGGCGUCCUUUGUAUCAACAAACAAAGAAAUGAGUUACAAAUUUUAAAAAUUUCCAGUUUUUCCUAAUGCACAUUCCAAUAUUGUUAGUAAGCAAAUAUAUUGAAACACUGCAAGAAUUAUUUAGUACAACUACAAUUUAACUAAAAAUAGAACGCUUUGUAUUAGAGUAGUUAAAGCAACAAAUUCAUAUUUUUAAGCAACAAACAUGCCAGUUACAUAUUUAUAUAUACAUAUACAUACAUACAUGCCUGCAU